UUGAUAUCAAUAAAACAUAUUCUGCAACUUUGUAUGAUAUAGUUAUCCAGUAAGCUAUAUGUUGCUAAAAUAAAGCUAACGUUAGCGUAGUGCAGCCACCAACAUACAUUUGUUGUGUUUGCUAGCUAGGCUAAUACCCGGCGUUUGUUUUAGAGUCAUAUGCUAAUUUAAUGCUAGGUAACUAGCUAUCCACGUUGGAGGAUGGCUAGCUAUGUAAAAUGUAUGAAGCCGGUUGAUGUUAAUCACUGAAUGAUCUGUUUGAAUGAACUUCUGAUUAGAAGUUAGCUAGCUAGUAACAACAGAGACGGUAACGUUAGACAACUGGCAUUGCAACAAACCAACAUUGACUUCCGUAAUAGAGCGGUUUUCUAAUUAGGCCCUACUACGUGAUAAUUGUUACGCUAUAAUCACAAAGAAUAGAUGCCAGCAGUGACUUGAAAAGAUGUCAGAAGACGACUACUUCAGCUUCCGUAACGUUAUAAUAUUCCCUCUUAACAAGGAGCUACAAUCACACAGGUGCUGCUGACAAAUUGCAGUGAUGGCUGAGGGGAGGACUGGAGAGGACAUUGUUUCAGAGUACCUGGACCAGAACCCUCACCUGGUCGAGUGGGUGGAGUCGCUCCGAGGAGUGCAUGAGACCAACAAGCAGUGGCACGCCAGACGAGAGUUUUUCCUGAGGAACAUGGAGACGUUCCCCACAGUCCAGCCGGGCUUCCCCAGCCCCAGUCUGGACAGGCUGCUCUCACUGUCCAUAUGUUGGGCCAACCACGUCUUCUUGGGCUGCAGAUACCCUCAACCUGUCAUGGACAAGAUCGAGGAAAUGGCAGAGGGAGUGGUUGUCAAUGAUGCUCCAGUUCGAAAGACGAGAGAUGAAAUCAUGGGGAAAGGAAAGAGGACUGCAGGGGGCGGCGACGACGACAGCUGCGUAAAGCGGACCAAGCCUGGGAACCCCUUCAAGCAGGGCCCGCCCCCGCAGGCGCCUGCCGAGCACCAGCCCUUCUUCAACCGCCUUUAUAAGGCUGUGGCGUGGAAGCUGGUGUCGGCAGGGGGCUUCGGCCCCAACCUGGACCACUUUGAGAUCCUGCGUGCCUGCACCGAGUCAUCCAAAGAGAGCCUGAGCUGCGUCUUCGUGCCCCUGAAGGACAUCCCCGACCUGCCGGCGGCGCGCACCCAGAAGGAGGGUCAGGUGUGCGAGCUGCGCUGCCAGACAGUCUACCUGGGCACGGGCUACGGGCGUGACGAGGCGGCCGCCAGGUCCAUGGCAUCCAAGGAGGCCCUCAAGGCCUUCCAGGGGCGCAAGGUGAUGGUGAAGAUCUGCCGGCGGCGGUUCAAUGGGAGGGACGUAGAGGAUCUGGUGCUGCUGGAUGAUCAGCCCAGGAACCCGGGCUUCCCUCCCGCUAUCAGCUACCCCUUCCAGCCAGAGCAGCAGGGGGACGGGCCGUCGUAGCACAGCCAUGAGGCAUAGAGGAUCCUCCGGGGGCCUUUCCAGGGUCGUGUUCAGUAGGCCCCAAAAUUGAGUAAAACGGGGACAUAGGGAUGGGGGUUUGAAAUAAUUUCACAAUUUGAAUAGUAUAAUGAAUUUUUGUCAGAUAUUUGAAAUUUAGUUUUUUACCUGAGCACUGCUGCGCGAUGGAGAGAGGCUGGCGCUCUAUUGCUGCAGCUGCAGAGGGGCAAGCAGAUGGAGGGUGAGAGACAGACGCCAAGGCAAUUCAAUGUUAUUUAUCAUCCUAUAUAACAGUGCUUGUCUUGACUGGAGUAGCCUAGAGAAGCUAGCUAGUUAAGCUAGCCAGCUAUAGCUAGCUAGGCUAAUUGAGGCCACAUGCUGCGCUUUUUCCCCAAACCCAUUCAGAUAAAACAGCCUAUCUGUUGGUUGCAUGUUGUAGCCUACUUCUCAUUUUGCUAACUUUUAAUUCUGUAAUUUUAUUCCAUCUUGCAUUGCAUUAGUGAACUUUCAUUCCACUUGCUACACAUUGAGCCUGUUUGCCGCUUUGAUUGGCCAACAUAAACAACAAGCUACACAUGUGAAGGUUACUGGUUGGCUGCCGUCUUUUUAUGGGGUGCACCGUGCACGUCAUAAAAACUACAUUGAAAAGUGAGUUGUUUUAUUAAAUUAAUAAUUUGACAUGUCAUGCAUGGUAUAUCCUUGUAUGUAACAAUGUCACAUGGAUAUUUUAAUUUAGAAAAAGCAGUUUCUGUGUAAAAUUGGCCUAUAUUUAUUUUCUUCUCGCAAAAAUGUAUAUGCAUACAAGUAUUCGAAUACUAACGUCCGUUCGAAUAUUCUAAUAACCGUGCACAUCCCUAAUGGGGAGGAACUAACUCUCCUGGACUCAUUUCAGUUUUCCGUUCCAAAACGUUUUGCUACUCUGUGCCCUGGUAUUUAGAAGUUAUGUGGGUUUGAAUGGAGCUGCUCUAUGAGUCAUACAGUACCACUGUGUGCACUGAAUGGAUGGACUUAAUGCAUCAUCACCACCACUUAGUAGUUUUUACGCUUUUAUUAUUCUUGAGUAGCCUAUACCCAGUUCUUGUUCCAUAGGUCAUUUGGAUUCCUUCAGAGUGGGGAUUGUAAGAAGUUUAGACCCUUUUAGUAUCGGUUGUGCCUGCCUGCUGCCUACCACAAUGGAGAAAUGUACACAGGUCGUAAGGGUGUGGUUUACAAUAUGUCACUACAUUUUCCCUCCCUUUGUUUGGGUCUAUAGUCACAGCAUGCACUUUCCUUCUAUGUCCUCUGUAGUUCAGUGCUCCGGGGUGAAGUUCCCCCUAGGUACAGAUCUAGGAUCAGCUUCCUCUCCCUCAAUCCUAACCUUAGCCAUUAGUGGGGAAAAUGCUAAACUGACCCAGGAUCAGCCUCUAGGGGCAACUUAACCCUACACCUAGCUCAGGACUAUGGUGGAUGUGUGCGGCUGCACUCGGUCUGACCCUCAAGCCAUUUAAUCAGCUAUCUGAUUAACAACCCGACCACUAGACAAGGGACAUUUCUACCGUUUAUCAAUACCAUUAAUAACAUGCAACUAAUGAACCCUGUGUGGCUCGUCAUUAGAGUUUUCUAUUGAUGCUUCAAAUCUCCCUGAGUGAUCGCAUUAAAAAUAUUAUCCUUUUUUGUUUAAUGAAGUUACAAUGUUAGUCAUGGAGUGAGAAUGAAGUAUACUUUUGAUCAUAUAACACAGGCUCUAGUAUUUAAAAUGCAGAAGUCCUCUAUGACAGAAUAAUUAUUUGAACUGUUAUUUUCUGUUCACAGUAGAAUGCAUUGUCACUAUUAAAACUCAGUGUGUUUGUCUGGAUACAAACGUAGACAUCUUGUUUAGUUCCUCUACAUGAUCUAGAUCUUGUUCAUGAUGGGACUUUUACAUUCAUUUAAAACCACUUUGUUCUAUUUUGUGUGAGGAAAGCUGUUGAGAAAAUGUUGGCUUUUGUUGUGUUUAUUCAUUGAUUCAAUUAUUCUAAAGGAGAUGAUUGGUGUUAAGCCAGGUUCAUAGAAUUGUAUGAUAUGAUGUUUGAUAGUGCUCGAGUCUUUACAUUAAAAAAAUCAUUGAUGGAAGAUUGCUGCUGUAAUGUUUUGCUUUUCAAAGCUGAAUGACAUGAAAAGGGUUGCAUUGACGUGUAAAUGGCCACAAUAUUUAGUGACACUGUACAUUUCUAUAAGCGGUCCCUGUUUCUAUAUUUUUGUAAAUAAAAAUAAUUUAAAGAA